AUGGAAAUACUUCCGAUUAUAGAAAAGACAAGAGAAGAACAAAAUAAACCAAAGCAAAGCCAAGCCCAACAUAACUAUGAAGACGAGGCAGAAGAUUUUUCUCACAAUAUUUUCGGAAAAGCAUUUUCAAAGAAUAAGAAAAUGUGGAACACGAGAAACACCAACGAAGCGUCUUUUCAGGAUGAUUUACAAGCCUUUCAUUUACAUCGAAUUUAUCAUUCAAUAAAAAGUGUAAACACCCUGCGGGGUUUGACAAAACAAGUUAAAUAA